GCUCUCGUUACCCAGGAGUCGGCUAGGGACGUCUAUUCGCUCGUGCAGAAUGCUGUCGUGUUCGUCCUUGAUGCUGGGGUAGAGGGAGUCGGAGGCGGCCUGAUGGCCGGUCCCGCCCUCCUUUGGGCGCCUUUGCUCCCCCCAGCCUACAGCGGCCUCUUGGCGAAAUGGAGUCUGUGGAAGGAAAAGAGACGUACGGUGUGCCCGACGCAGGCACCAAGCCCCUCUGCUCGUUGGGCCAACAGCUCCUUGUUGAGCUGCUAAAUGCCCGUGCCUUUCUAGAUUCUCGGGAUGCAGUUUUGAAUGAGCUCCCGCCCUCAGGGAGCUUUCAGUCGUAAUGGGAAAGUCACGUAUUAGUCAAAUCUGAUCAUUUCACUCCUGCUUGUAACUGGGUAGCUGCGGCCUGUUGCUUUUAGGUGGAAGACCAAGUUCUUAAUGUGCACAAGGACCUGUGUGGUUGGGUCUGUUGCAAUUUCUUCUCUCUCGUUUUGCAGCACACUCCCUUUGGCUGUGCUACAAUCUUCUUGGCCUGUCACUUCUAGAAUGUGCUUUUUCAUUUGCUGUUACUUUUGUAAAGAUUUUCCUUUUAACCUAAUUCUUUUUUUUUGUGUGUGUGCUGAGGAAAAUUUGCCCUGAGCCAACAUCUGUGCCAGUCUUCCUUUAUUUUGUAUGUGGGUUGCUGCCACACCAUGGCUGACGAGUCUUGUAGGUCCACGUCCAGGAUCCGAACCUGUGAACCCCGGCCGCCAAAGCAGAGUGUGUGGAACUUAACCACUAGGCCAAGGGGCCAGCCCCUUAAUUCUUAAGUCUUCCCAUCUUGGCGAGAUUCUCAUUGGCACUAAACACAAUUGUGAUCUUAAAGUUAUUUAUGAGAGUCUUUGAUUAAUGUGUGUCUUUCCUUUAGUCUAGACUAAGCUCCAUGAUGGAAGAAAUCACACCUUUUUUCUCUCUCCACUGUAUCUCACACUUGGCCUGGAAUGAAAUGUGUGUGGUAAAUGUUUGUUGAAGGAAGAAAGCACAAAUCAAUGUAUAAUCUCAAACUGGGAGAUGUGGAAUACAGGAAAGGGAAUACAGUGCUAAUGGAGUGUGUAACAUGGGGACCUGACCUGGGCUGGAGAGGAUGAUCUGAAGGAUGGGCUGGCAUUAUCUAGGUGGAGAGAGGUCAGGCUGCUGGAGAGUAUUGCAGGUGGAGAGGAUCAGUUAUCAAGGUCCUAAGAGUGGAGUUGAGUGGCUCAUACAGAGGCAACAGCAGGUACUAAGGUCCUGAAUUGGCGUAGUAGGGGAAACUGAAAGAAAGCCACUGUGGCUACACUGAGAGAAAGGAGGAGGAUGACGCAGGAAAUUACAGCGUACAAUGAGUUUCUUUAGGGAAGAUGCUGCGUUUUUAGUAAAAUAUGACUGGGUAACGAGUACAAAGUGUCUGUAGGGGAUGAUAUAAUAGAGUAAUAACUCAGACAUUUUGGCAUGUUGAGGUGGCCUUUCAGGGUCCAUUGCUAGUAGUUUUGGUUAUCACUGGGUCCUAAAAUGGGGUGAUAAAAAAGAUCCCUGCCCCGGGGUCUAAAAAAAAGGAAGACUGGGGCUGUCCCAGUGGCGCAGCGGUUAAGUGCGCACACUCUGCUUCAGUGGCCUGGGGUUCGCAGGUUCGGAUCCUGGGCGCCCACCAAUGCACUGCUUGUCAAGCCAUGCUGUGGUGGCAUCCCAUAUAAAGUAGAGGAAGUUGGGCACAGAUGUUAGCCCAGGGCCAAUCUUCCUCAGCAAAAAGAGGAGGAUUUGCACUGGAUGUUAGCUCAGGGCUGAUCUUCCUCACCAAAAAAAAAAAAAAGAAGAAGAUUUACUCUGAGAUUCUUUUUCUGAAUUUUCUUGGCUUCUCAUAUCUAUUUUUCCAUCUUAGAAUCACUUUAUCAGGUUCUGCAAGAAGUCCUCUUGCAAUUGUGACUGGUGGCAAUUUAAUGUAGUUAUUAGAAGCAUGGCCUUUGGGAUCUGGCAGAUCUGGUUUGGGAUCCAAGUUCAUCCACCAGCUGAGUGACCUUGGUAGAGAAAAUUAUUCUCUUAGCCUUGUUUUCUCUCAUUUGGGGAAAAGAAAAGUUUCAGAGGAUUAUUGUGGGGACUGCAUGAGAGGAGAUAUAUAUUUUUGAUCCAAAAAGAUAUUUCUUUUUUUUUUUUAACUUUUUAUGUUUCUCAGUAAAAUUGUAUUUUUAAAAACAAAGGUCUAAGUUUCCUCUUGUUAGCUUUACUUCAAGUUUUUUGGUGUCCUUUGCUUGUUUUGCUCUUAGUGUACUCGUGUUCGCCCUGUACUCAUGCGUUACCCAGGACAGGCAGCAUUGCUUGAUGUUGGUGAGCACAGGCUCUGGUGACCUAGGGCAAGUUAUUUACCGUUUCAAAAUCUGUUUCCUCAGAAUUCAAACUUCCUGGUGUGGUGUGGAUUAAAAGAGAAAAUAUUUAUACAUCACUUGCCCAGUGGCAGUUACCUCUGCCCUUCACUGAGAGGAAGCCCAGGUGAUGGCAGCCAUGCCCCGGAAAGCCUGGCACCAGAAGGUGGUGACCUUCGAGGACGUGGCUGUGUGCUUCACCCGGGCAGAAUGGUCUGGCCUUUCUCCUGCACAGAGGGCCUUAUACAGAAGUGUGAUGCUGGAGAAUUAUGGGAACUUGACAUCCCUGGGAUACCCAAUUCCCAAACCUGCCCUGAUCUCACUUGUGGAGGGAGGGGAUCUGCCUUGGGGCUUGGAGGCACAGGAUGACCCACCUGCAGAGAGGACCAUAGACAUCUGUAAAGAUGCUGAGACCGACAUUGACAAUGAGUCAACAUCAACACAGGGAAUUUCUGAAGAAAGAGACAUGAUGUUGUCACGUGGUCCACAGAAGAGUGUUCUUCAGAGAACCAACUUCCUAGAAACAUGUAAACUGGAGAAGCACCAGGAAAUCCCCAUAGUGAAAAAUAUUAGAGGAAGGGCUCCAAGAAUCCACUGUGAUAGGAUACCCUUCAGAUGUGAGGAGUGUGGGAGAUGCUUCGGCUAUUUUUCUUACUAUAUUAGACACCAGAGAAUCCACACUGGGGAAAAACCUUUUGAGUGUAGUGAGUGUGGAAAAGCCUUUAAUGGCAAUUCUUCGUUAAUUCGGCAUCAGAGAAUCCACACUGGAGAGAAACCCUAUCAGUGUGAGGAAUGUGGGAGAGCCUUUAAUGAUAAUGCAAACCUGAUCAGGCAUCAGAGAAUCCACAGUGGGGACAGACCCUAUCUCUGCAAGCAGUGUGGAAAUAGUUUCACCAGUAGUUCUGAAUUUGUUAUACAUCAGAGAGUCCACACUGGGGAGAAACCUUAUGAGUGUAACGAGUGUGGAAAGGCUUUUGUUCGUAAUUCACCACUACUUCGACAUCAGAAAAUCCACACUGGAGAGAAACCCUAUGAAUGUAAUGAGUGUGGCAAAAGCUUCAGAAGGAAUUCCCAUCUUAGCCAACAUCAGCGUAUUCACACAGGGGAAAAGCCUUAUUCUUGUAAAAUAUGUGGGCAAGCCUUCAAUUUUCAUACAAAACUAACUCGGCACCAGAGAGUCCACAGUAAGGAGAAACCCUUUGACUGUGUAGAUUGUGGAAAAGCUUUUAGUGCUCAGGAACAAUUGAAAAGGCAUCUAAGAAUCCAUAUUCAGGAGUCUUCCUAUGUAUGUGAUAAGUGUGGAAAAGUCUUCACGAGCAAAAGAAAUCUUCUUCAGCAUCAAAGAAUCCAUGUUGGAGAGAAACCCUAUGAGUGUGUCAGGUAUGAAAAAACCUUUAGGACUUCUUCCCAGCUAGAUCAUGUCCACCCUGGAGAGAAGCCUAUGCUGGACAUUUGUCGUUUUGGGCUCCCGGAAUUUUUUACCCCCUUUUACUGGUAAUAGUACACUAAAUUUCCUCUUGGAUUCCAUCUCCUGCUUGGGAGUGGAAUGUGUGACACAGGCCUGGCUCAGCUGCAGAUUCCUUCCCCCAAGCCAUUGCUGUUGGUUCAGGUGUCAGUAGGUGACCCAGGAUGGUCCAUUUAGAGUCCCAAGACUUGGCAAGAGUUAACAGGAAGAAAUACUCUUUUUCACUUGGUCUGAAAAUUGAGAGGAACUCCUGCAUUCUUGUGGAGGCUGAGAACAGCACAGCAAAAGAGGGAGCAGAGUUGGAGGACAAUCAAACCUAAAGAUUCUGCUUGAACAAUCACUUUAAACCAUAUCUGAAGCUAAAAAUACAUCUGGGUUUUAGAAUUCCAGUAACCAAUAAAUUCUACUUUUGGUUUUGUUUUGUUUUGUUUACUCAA